AUGACCAAAAAAGUCAUGAAGAUUGAUGUCGUCUGUGAAGAUAUUCCAUUAUAUAUCAGUGGAUUUUUUAUAACAAAGGGAUAUGGUGGAUGGGCAGAGGGCGCUCUACCCGCAGCCAGUAUGGCUUUAGAUGAUGUAAAUAAAAUGGAAAGUUUACUUGUAGGAUACAAACUGGAAAUGAACGAUACGAAUACCCAGGGGGACUCUGGCAUAGCUAUGAGAGAGCUGAUUCAUCAAUUGCACACACCCCCGACAAAGAUCAUGAUACUCGGACCGACCAUGGAACAGGAGUCAUUGGCUAUCGCUGAAACAAGUAGAUAUUGGAACCUUGCUCAGAUGGGGUUUUCCACUGUAGCACCUGAAUUAUCGAACACAGCACGAUUUCCAUUGUACUAUAGAACACGCAUGCCACAAAAUUCCAUGAAUCCAACUAGAAUAGGACUGAUGGAAUACUUUGGUUGGGAACGAGCCGCUAUAUUUUACUCGCCUAAAUUGAAAGCGGACGCUCUUACCUUUAUGAAUGAUAUGGUAGCCAGCAACAAAACUGUAGUCACUAUGGAAGACUGGACUGAAUCUAUAACGGAUGAACUGAAACGACUAAAGAAUAUUGGUACUCGUAUAUUUCAUGUGUUCGUCUUCAAUUCUGACUACACACUCAGAGAAUUAUUUUGUGAGGCAUACAAACAGGGUCUAUACCAACCAAGGUAUGCUUGGAUAGUGAGCAGUAUGGGUUUGGGUACAUGGUGGAAUGCAUCUUUAGUAUCAGAUACCGAAGAUAUCACGUGUACAACAGAAGAGAUGAGAUUGGCUGCUUAUGGCACCAUAGUUGUCAAGGAAACAUGGUGGAAUACAAUUGGCGGUCAGACUACGUACGGUAUUCACACUGACGACUUUCGGUCAGAUUAUCUCAACAUCACAUCAACACUCGGUCUCAAGCCAGCUUAUUUUGCGCCGUUAGUUUAUGAUGCCGUGUGGUCUAUAGCUUAUGCACUGAAUACAACUAGACAACGUUUACCGCCAGGCAAGGCAUUGGAAGACUUCACGUAUGAAGAUUCGGAAAUGGCGGAAGUGAUCACAUCUGCCGUAUCACAGACGAGUUUUAUUGGCGUGUCCGGUCCUGUAUCAUUCAAUAGCGUUGGCGAUAGGAUAGGUACCGUCAUGAUCUACCAAUUUAUUAACUCGGGGUACAUUCUACGAGCUACGAAUCUAAAUGGUGUUUUCAAUUGGAACUCAGAAUUCACGUGGACAGAUAGUGUUAUUCCCCCAGAUCGCCUGAUGGGAAAAAGGCUGUAUCUAGUCAUUGACAACGCCUUAUUUUAUAGUAUGUGUGGCCUUGCAAUAAUUUGUCUGAUCUUUGCAACGUGUCUUGCCGUGUUCAAUGUUAUGAAUAGAGACAAAAAAGCUAUUAGAAUGUCUAGUCCUAAAAUAAAUGGUAUUAUAAUUAUUGGUGCAGUUCUUGCUUAUAUAUCGAUCGUUGUAUUUGGGCUUGACUGUCAUGUCUUCUCAUCAACGUUUUGCAUCGUAGUGUGCCAGCUGAGAGUGUGGCUCAUAUGCCUUGGUUUCACUAUCGGGUUUGGCGCUAUGUUCAGUAAAACAUGGAGAAUACAUAAAAUAUUCACCAACAAGAAAGUUAAAAGUAUUAAAAUACAGGACGCUCACUUACUAGGAAUAGUACUCGUGUUAAUUUCCGUUGAUGUCAUAAUCUUAGUGCUAUGGACGAGUGUUGACCCGUUACGUCACGAAGAGAGAGAGCUCCCUAGUCGGGUUAUACAAUUAAGAAAUAAUAUUUCGCCCGGUGAUACAAUUACGUCAUCAGAAGUUGGUACACGCCCUAAUAACGUUGAAGGUACGACAUCUACAUAUGUAGUUAAACACAGUAGUGGUUCCUGUUUAAAAGCGGAAGAAGAAGUGAAGAAACUGAGGGAGCUCUAUCGGGAAACGCACGAUGAACUACUAUCUUAUCGACGAAAGGGAGCUGAACAAGUGUGCUGCAGAGUCACAACAGAGAGAAACCAGGAGUGGACGCUUGACUUUAUGGAAGCUAUUACAAAUUACGAUGUUAGACAACUGCACUGGUUUGACAUCGUCAGUAAUCCGUACAACUGGAAACCGUAUCUACGGGCACCUGAAAGAGGGCAACCUGCAGUCCAAGUUCAAAGACAUGCCAGUAAUGCCAACUAUACUAUCAACUUGCUAACGAGUGCGUCGGGUAUUGGCCAUGCUGAUAUUAUUACUGGGCUUCCAACGGUUUAG